UGAAUAAUCUGUCUGAUGGCAGCAGCUGGAGGACCCUGGCCACCACCGUGAGUAUUUAUGUCCUGCUCAAAUUCCUCCAGGGUGGAGGGGCAGGUACAUCAGGGUUUAUCAGUAACCUGAGGUCCUUCCUGUGGACGCAGGUCCAGCAAUACACCAGUAGGGUGGUUCAGGUCCGUCUGUUUGGUCACCUCCACUCCCUGUCGUUGCGCUGGCACCUGGGGAGACACACUGGGGACGUUCUGAGUAGUGUAGACCGAGGAACAUCUUCUAUCAACAACCUGCUCAGCUACAUCAUCUUCAGUAUCCUGCCCACCAUCGCUGAUAUACUCAUCGCCAUCCUCUACUUUGUAUCCUACUUCAGUGCCUUGUUCGGCCUCAUCGUCUUCAUCUGCUUGCUGAUCUACCUCACUUUCACCAUCCUGAUCACUGAGUGGAGGACCAAGUACAGACGAGACAUGAACACUCAGGACAACAACGCCAAGUCUAAGGCUGUGGACUCGCUGCUCAACUUUGAGACGGUGAAAUAUUACAAUGCUGAGGGGUAUGAAGUGACCUGCUUCGAGGAGGCAAUUCUGGAACAGUCAGAGUGGAAGACCAACGCCUCGUUGGCCCUACUGAACCAGACCCAGAACCUGAUCAUUGGCUCAGGGCUAUUAGCAGGUUCUCUGCUCUGUGCUUACAUGGUCACAGAAGGCCAGUUCCAGGUACAGCCCACAUUGGCAUCCUCUGAUUCCUUCUCUAUUUAUACGUGA